AUGGAGAGUAAGAAGAGAAGACGAGGCAACGAAGUGCAGCGAGGAUUGGCAGGCGGCGGUGGAGGGCCAGGGAACGUGACGGGCGAGUUUUGGGACUCUCUGCGUAGUGGCCACUACUCGAUUAGCCUGCCUGAACAGGUGACCACGCGCGAGGAGAUUGAAGAGAUGGCCCUCUCUGGAGACACGUUCGUGGAGAGCGACUUCAGUCCCGAGGAGUGCUUGUUCGAAGAAGACUUCGAGCAGAACGCCAGCGACGCCGACGAGAGCAGUCCGAAUCAUGUAGAGGAAGACGAGGUGAGCGAUGACGAGCUAUCUUCGUACUCCAAGGAUGAUCCUACCGAGGAAGAAGAGGAAGCAUCGAUUGAAGCUCACAGCAUGUUCUUCCUACACAAGCUUGCGGUAGAGGGCGAGCUGUAUACGCCGUCAAUGCUCAAGCGAACCAGCGACAACCUGGUGAUGGCCAGUUCUCAGAUUCGAUUGGGGAUGGAGAGCAAGAGCAAGUGCUUCGCGACGCAUCCCGAAAGCUACUAUCGCAUGUGGCGAGUGCUGGAGCUGGUGCACGAGUUGCUGAGUCAAGGAAAGCAAGCGACCCAGAGAGAAAAGGUGGCAUCACUCCUCAACUGUCUACGAGGCAACCUGGGAGUGACGGCAAGCGAGCGAGGAACGAUCAUCGGCUGCGUGCAAUGGCAAGAGAAAGGCCGAACCGUCGAUUGCAGACGCGGGGGCCAAUCAGGCCACCUCAUCUCCGGCAACGCCCUUGCCGGUAUGCACGACAUCAAGUCGGAUGCUCGCUUCAUCAUCGUCGUGGAGAAGGACGCCGUGUUUCAGCGCCUCGCGGAGGACAGAGUGUUCGACACCCUGCCCUGCAUCCUCAUCACUGCCAGUACCGCCACCGUGCCCAUCAAUCUGGCGCAAGUUGAUACUUCUAAUCAAAAAGCUCAUUGCGCCGAAACAGAGGGCUUUCCGGACAUGGCCACGCGCGGCCUGCUCAAGCGACUUCACGAAGAGUUGCGCUUGCCUGUCGUGGGCCUGUUUGACUGGAAUCCUGGCGGUAUGGGGGUCUACAUUACCUACAGGUACGGCAGCGUCAAGUCAGGCCUCGAAUCGCACCUCCACACUGUGGACAUCAAGUGGCUCGGUCUGUGUUGGGAUGACCUCGAGCGAAUGCACCUGCCCUCAAGCUGCUUUCAGGACCAGACCGAGCGCGACCGACGGAGGAUCCGGUCCAUCCAAGCCUCUGGCUGCCUCAAGGACAACCCGCGUUGCGAGCGAGAGCUGGAGAAGAUGCUCGAGGCCGGGGUCAAGGUGGAGAUCCAGGCGCUCAGCCACCUGGGGAGUCUCUCUUGCAUCACCUCCCACGUCGUCACCAAAGCCAUUCGCCGCGACUUUGGCUGA